UUUGUAAAACUUUGUUUUUUCUCUUUUAUGUUUUGCUUAAGUUUGUUUUUGUUUUUGAAUUUAAUUUCAAGUUUAUUUUUCCUAUCAUUAGUUACCUAUAAUUGUAAUUGUGUUUUCACCGUCUCUCUGCUUUCUCCUAUCAUUUAUUGUCUAUCCAUUUUUAAAUCACAAGUUUCCUCAGGCUUACUAGGACUUUUCCUUUCCUUUCUUCACGGGAUAUCUCCCCUUCCCCCUUAA